AUGCAGCGAUUAUCACGUCCUCUUCAUACGGCCUCCAAGCUGUUCAGACACAACAACCGCUUCAUCUCUUCAAUCCCCUCAAUCCCCUACAUCCGAGUCCCCAGCCCAACUCUCGCCUACGAAUCCUCCCACCUAGACACCGUCAACCGCACCCUCCAAAAUGAAGGCAUCCUGCACAUGCAACUCGCCUUUCCCGACGACAAGAGUAGCUACAUUCAAGAUCUUCUCUUAAACCUCCACAAAAACCACGCCCAUGGCCUCCCACUCACCCAUUCCGCCAACCGCGGCUGGAUGUGGGAUAUCCGUCCUUCCCCAGACUCCUUCCAGAGUAAUAACCAUCAAGCACGCUCAGAGACAAUGGAGGAGUUUCCCUGGCACACCGACUGCAGCUAUGAAGCCAAGCCGCCGAGAUUCUUCGCGCUGCAGGUUCUCCAACCAGACCAGUGUGGUGGAGGCACCUUGUCUGUGCUGAAUGUUGAUCGACUCUUGACGCUGCUGUCCCCAUUUGCUAGGGAGUGUCUUUUCACGCCGAACUAUCGCAUCACUGUUCCACCAGAGUUCAUCAAGUCUCAAGGCGAGACGGAGAUCGUGGGCAAUCUGCUCACGAUCAGCCCCAAUGGCAAGGCGACUCAACUCCGAUUCCGGGAGGAUAUUGUCACACCACUUACUGAGGAGGCGGCCAAGGCGUUGACGGAACUGAAGAAGGUCCUGCUGGGACCUGCGGCGAAAGAGCAGAUACUAAAUCUCACGUCAGAGAUGCUACCAAGAGGGUCAAUUAUCCUCAUGGACAAUGGGAGAUGGUUGCAUGCGAGAAAUGAGGUCAAAGAUCCUAAUCGACAUUUGCGGCGGGUGCGCUGGGAUGCACGUCAAUUCGUCACUCAGCCGUGCGUGUGA